AUGAAGCCUCUAGCUUAUCUUCUGAUCGUUGGCGGGUGCUCGGUGUGGACGGCCGGCGCACUACCGCAGGUGGUGGUGCAGCGUGAUGGACUGACCGAGGAGCAGAUGAUCGUAACCCUCGAGAAGUACGACCAGGAGGUGCAGUAUCACUGCAACCGCAAUGCAAUCGCCAACUGGGACGUGGCCACCAACACGGAGAACGUGACGCUGCAGGAGGUGCAGAACACCGUAUCGUUGGAGUAUGCCAAGUUCCGCAACGAUUACUACGAGCGGUACUUCCGGGAUGCCGACGUUGAGCAGUACCGGGACGAGAAGGUGCGCAAGCAGCUGCGCCUGCUGAAGGACCUCGGGACGGCGGCCCUGCCCGCGGAGAAGCUGGAGGCCUACAACCGGGUGAUGCGCCGGAUGGAUUCCGCCUACCAGCUGGCGGAGGUGUGCCCGUACGCGAACCAGCACUGUGGUCCGGACGACCCAAAGUGGACCCUCGAUCCGGAGCUCGAGCGCGUGCUGGCCGAGUCCAGUGACUACGACGAGCUGGAGUACGUGUGGCGUCGGUGGCGGGAGGAGUCGGGCAAGAAGAUGCGCAACGACUACCGGGAGUACGUGGCGUCCGUGAACGAGGCGGCCAAGUCGAACGGUUACCCCGACUACGGUGCCCUCUGGCGGUCGAAGUACGACGAUCGGCGGUUGGGUGAAACGCUGGAGCGCCUGUGGUCGGAAGUGGAACCGCUCUACGAUGAGCUACACACGUACGUGCGCUACCGGCUGCUCGAGCUGUACGGGGAUCGGAUGGAUCGGGACAAUCCGAUGAUUCCGGCCCACCUGCUCGGUAACAUGUGGGCUCAGUCGUGGACCAAUUUGUACGAUCGCAUCAAACCGUUCCCCAACGCCAGUCUGGUGGACGUGACGGCGAAGAUGACCGAGCUGGGGUACGACGCGCGCAAGAUGUUUGAGAUGUCCGACGAGUUCUACCAGAGUCUCGGGCUGCCGAGCAGUGCGAUGAGCUACGGUCCGCGGGCGGUCAUCGAGAAGCCGCCCCAGAAGAUCGUUUGCCACGCGUCGGCCUGGGACUUUUGCGACGGCGAAGACUUCCGCAUCAAGAUGUGCACGAACGUGAACAUGGAGGACUUUGUCACGGUACACCACGAGAUGGGUCACAUCAUGUACUACCUGCUGUACAAGGAGCAGCCGCAGCUGUUCCGGACCGGUGCGACGCCGGCUUUCCACGAGGCGGUCGGCGAUACGAUCGCGCUGUCCGUGGCCACACCGAACCACCUGCGCAAGGUGGGCCUGCUGGAUGAGUACGCCGAUAGCGAGGCGGACAACGUGAACGCGCUGUUCGAGAUGGCGCUCGAGCGAGUGGCUUUCCUGCCGUUCGGAUACCUGAUCGACCUGUGGCGCUGGGAUGUGUUCAGCGGUGCGGUCAACGAGAGCGACUGGAACGCACACUGGUGGCGGUUGCGGGAAAAGUACCAGAAGGUGUACGCCCCGAUCGGGCGCACCGAGGAGGACUUCGACCCCGGCGCCAAGUACCACAUUCCGGCCAGCUCCCAGUACAUCGCGUACUUCCUGGCACACAUUCUGGAGUUCCAGUUCUAUCGCUCGCUCUGCAUCGAGGCCGGCCAGUACGAGCCGGCGGGUGACGCGACGGAACCGCUGCACAAGUGUGACUUCUACUCUAGCCACGCGGCCGGUAUGAAGCUGAAGGAGGGCCUCUCGCUCGGGUACAGCGAAAGCUGGGAGGAUGCGUUGGAGAAGCUGACGGGCGAGCGGGAAAUCAGUGGCCAGGCGCUGCUGGAGUACUUUGAGCCACUGUACCGGUUUCUGCGCGAAGAAAACCGUAAGUUCCGGGCGAACGAGAUGGAGCACAUAAUCGAGCGGUACAGUGGGCAGUAUUCGGAGGCGUGCAACCGGCAGGUGAAGGCCCAGUUCGACACCCAGGUCGAUGUGGGCAACCCGGAACUCCAGAUGCAUCUGGCCGAGGUGUUGGCCAACAACACGCAGUUCGUGGUGGAGAACUACGAUCAGUACUUUUCCGACGUAGACCCGGAAACGUUCGUCGACCCCACCGUUAGCCGGCAGUUGCAGUUUUUGACGCAAAUAUCGAUCAACAAACUGGCCCCUGAAGACCGGGCGACGCUUCAAAAUGCCCUCGGUAGUAUGCAAAUCCGAUAUAGCACGGCCCGGAUCUGCCCGUACACUGAUCGGUUGUGUACGGACGGAAAGCUGUCGCUGGAUCCGGAGCUGUACGAGAUAAUGGCCAAAUCGAACGACUACGACGAGCUGCUGCACGUGUGGAAGGAGUGGCGCCGCAGUACGGGGCGUGAGAUGCGCCGUGAUUACGCCGAUUACGUGACGCUGAUGAACCGGGCCGCCAGCUACGGGGGCUACGAGAACAUGGGCGAACAGUGGCGGUCCGCGUUCGAGCAGGAGAACUUUGUCGAGUCGAUGGAACGGCUGUGGAGUGAGCUGGAACCGUUCUACACCGAGCUGCACCGGUACGUGCGCCGAAAGCUUCGGACCAUCUACGGUAGCCGUAUGCCGGAUGAUGGCAAGGACUCCAUACCGGCCCAUUUGCUCGGUAACAUGUGGGCCCAAUCUUGGAUCAAUUUGUACGACCGCACGAAACCGUUCGCCAACACGGUCGAUCUGGACGUGACGGAGACGCUGAAGGCGAAGAACUACACGGCGCGUCAGCUGUUUGAGAUUGCGAACGAGUUCUACGUCGGGCUUGGGUUGCCCGACAACAGCAUGAGCUACGACGAGGCGCGUGGCGCAAUGAUCGAGAAGCCGACGGACCGGGACGUUACGUGUCACGCUUCGGCGUGGGACUUUUGCGAUCGGCAGGACUUCCGCAUCAAAAUGUGCACCCGCAUGAACAUGGAGGACUUUGUGACGAUCCACCACGAAAUGGGUCACAUCAACUACUACAUCCUGUACAAGGACCUGCCGGUGACGCUGCGCAGCGGAGCGAACCCAGGCUUCCACGAGGCAGUGGGGGACACGAUUUCGUUGUCCGUGGCUACGCCGAAGCACUUCGAGAAGAUUGGCCUGUUGGUCGGCUACAACGACACGUACGAGGAGAACAUCAAUGCGCUCUUCCAGAAGGCCCUCGAUCGGGUCGCGUUCCUGCCGUUCGGGCUGCUGAUCGAUAUGUGGCGAUGGGAGGUGUUCGCCGGCAAGGUGGAGUACGACCGUUGGAACGAACGUUGGUGGGAACUGCGCGAGAAGUACCAGAAAGUAUCGGCCCCGGUCGAGCGCGACGGUGAAGACUUUGAUCCGGGCGCCAAGUAUCACAUCCCGUACGACAGCCAGUAUGUUUCGUACUUUAUAGCCCACAUUCUCGACUUGCAACUCCACAAGUCGCUCUGUCAAGUGGCGGGCCAGUACGAUCCGAACGAUCCGGCAAAACCGCUGCACAAGUGCGACAUCGAUGGAUCGCACGCUGCAGGAGAUCGCCUGAGGGCCGGCCUAUCGCUUGGCCGCUCCGUGCACUGGUCGAAGGCGCUAAAGGCAAUGACGGGCGAAACGGAGCUCCGGACCGACGCCCUGCUGGAGUACUACAGACCGUUGCAUGAGUUUCUGAAGGAAGAGAAUGCCAAAGCGGGUUCCCGCGUCCACGUGGCCACCGGAUCGGCUGCACUGGUGCUAUCGUUGUUGGUACUGUUCGUCGCACGAUUCCGUUAAGGUGCGAUCCGAUCGAUUCCGGAUCGUCGCCCAACCGGCGGCUGUGCGAUGUUUGUUUGUUGUUCGGGUUCAUGCUGAGCAUUCACCCCUGCCGAGUGUAAAUAAAACAAAAUUAAAUGGAGAAAAAAAAACCAACGCUUAUCGCUCGGAAGUAGCGAUACGGACAUACACUCACUCUCAGCCAUCGACGCAACGUCGGCUAAAACAAAAAGAAACGCCACCCCAUAUUGCGCUGGUCAGUGAACGCCAAUUGAUAGUUAACGAAGAUAGUUUACUCGAUUCGCUCGACUGACCAGCAGGGCGGACUCGACUUUCGUACACGCGAUUAGUUGGCUUAAG